UAUUUUUUUUCUCCUCUGGCUCAUUUGUCCUAAGUUUUCUUUUUCCUCUUCCCCCAUCCUUUUGCUGUCAUUCUAUGGAAUCUUAAAUGUGACAGCAGCAGCAGCACCAACACUAAUGACAAACCAUGUGUGUAGGGAGGUAGGGGACAGUAGGAAAGCCCCCCUUGUAGCUGUAUAUAACCAUUCCUCACAAAGGACUCAAACUUUCUACUCCCAUUUAAUAAAGAGAGCAAAUUCACUUGCAUGUCUAGAUCCAAAAACUACAGGUUUUCUUUAAACUGAUUACAGAAAUUUUGAAGCAAAUAAUGUUUUCUCUCCAGAAACUAAAAUGAUUCUUUGCACCUUCACAUUUAAAUCCUUUAUUUUAGAAAAAUACAGGAUGGUAGAGAGGGCAUUUGUCUUGAAAUAGCUCAGGUAUAAAACUGGAGCGUUAUAACUGGGAUGUAGCCCACCCUUUGUCAGCCAGUUUCUGGUGACCAUUUUUUUUAACUUUCUCAUAACUAACAUAACUUAGUAUUGUGUCACAUAUCCAAUUCUAGGAACAAUCUAUUAUUUUCUCUAAUUCUAGCUGCUUUACCCUUAGUUAAAAUUUCCAUUUUACCCGUCCUCCCAGAGGUUCUUCAUCUAAAAAGACAGAUAAUUACACAGUUUGGAGAUUUUCCCAGUUAAUUCUCUUUUUAAGAAAUAGCAUAGCUAUCAGUAGACAGACAGAUAGAAAGACAGACAGACAGACAGACAGAUAGAUAGAUAGAUAGAUAGAUAGAUAGAUAGAUAGAUAGAUUUAAAAAUGCAAGACCCUCAGAAACAAAAGCUAGAAAACUCUCAGUGGCUUCCUGAACAACCCUUUGGUUAUCAGAGUCCAGAGAAUUGAAUCAACUUGCCUGUACAAAUUCCAUACUAAAGAUCUCAGGGAGACAGAUAAUGAACAGAAGAUCAGUAUAAGAAAAAGGACAGAAUACAUCCUAUUUUCUGUGAAAUGGUUUUUUAAAAAGGCAAAAAAUCGAACUUCACAAAGCAACACGCAAUUGAAUCCCCAACCUCUGCUCACCCCUUGUUGUCCAAACCUUUUGAGCCCCGUACCUUUUUUACCCAGUAGUCUUCCCUAAAACUGUUGGUGUCUAGAAAUUUAGAGAACCUGUUUUUGUUUUUUAAAUCCCAAUCUCAGUCGAGUGAUCCUAACCUCUUGGUCCCCUCCAGUCCCCCCCCCCCUUUUUUUUUUCCUCGUUGGUCUGUUAUGUGUGAUUCGACACCAAGAAUUGGAAACGAGGCUGGGAGAAAUCGGGAAGGAAUGAGAUAAAAAAAAAAACUCAGAAGAAGGCGUGAACAGAGAGCGGUGAGUGUGUCAAUCAAAGGGUUUUGUGUCUCCUUGGCUCCUGACGGUCCAUAGCAGAGGUGUCCCAGGGUGGCACCACAAUGAAUAUGAAUAGGAGUCCUUGCUAAAUGGGACAGUCAAAGCGCACCGCCCUGAAUGAUGGCACGUCAUCCUAACCAGACCAGUAUAGAUAGGAGGGCUCCUUUUGUCUCUUUUCUCUGCCGCAGCUCUAUAAAAGCCCCUCUUUUUCAGCGUGAGGUUAGUUGAAGCACACACCAACUAGCUAUCCAGAAAAGACUUACUAACCAGAAAGAGGUGAGGGAGAGAAGAAGAGGAAGAGUUCCCUCCGUUUUUCUUCUGUCUUGCAGCUGAGAAGUACGUUCUUGUGUAGUGCGGAUUUUAAAAAAACAAAACAAAACUGCUUUGCUUUGCUUACCACUACUAUCCCCCAAAGCCUCCUGAUAGCAGGGAUCCCCUCUAAUAAAAUGAAUUCUGACUCAAGCUCUGUCUCUAGCAGAGCUUCCUCUCCGGACAUGGAUGAGAUGUACCUGAGAGACCAUCACCACCAUCACCACCAUCACCAUCAGGAUAGUCGCCUCAAUUCGGUCUCCUCCACCCAGGGUGAUCUGGUGCAGAAGAUGUCUGGGGAAGGCCUUUCCCGCAGCGGCUCCAAAGCCGGAGGCGAGAGCAGCAAAUACAAAAUCAAAAAGCAGCUCUCGGAGCAGGACCUGCAGCAGCUCCGGCUGAAGAUCAACGGGAGGGAGCGCAAGAGGAUGCACGACCUAAACCUGGCUAUGGACGGACUUCGAGAGGUCAUGCCCUACGCCCAUGGGCCCUCAGUCAGGAAGCUCUCCAAAAUCGCCACCCUCCUGCUGGCCAGAAACUACAUCCUGAUGCUCACCAGCUCCCUGGAGGAGAUGAAGAGGUUGGUGGGCGAGAUCUAUGGGGGGCAUCACUCCGCUUUCCACUGUGGGACUGUGGGGCACUCUGCAGGGCACCCGACCCACGCAGCCAAUGCAGUGCAUCAGGUGCACCCCAUCCUAGGCAGCGCUCUCUCUUCCACUAACACCUCCUCACCACUCUCAGCGUCUUUGCCCGGAAUUGGCACCAUCCGGCCACCUCAUUCUCUGCUCAAAGCCCCCUCUACACCUCAGGCCCUGCAGUUGGGCAGUGGCUUUCAGCACUGGGCCGGACUGCCAUGCCCCUGCACUAUCUGCCAGAUGCCUCCGCCGCCGCACCUGUCCGCCCUCACUACAGCCAAUAUGGCCCGCCUGUCCGCGGAAUCCAAGGACUUGCUCAAGUGACCCAUGGCCCCCAGACUGGAGAGGAUUCAAGAAAGAGACAGGGUGGGGAGCGAGUGGUGGCUAGGGGCACAGGAGAGACCCUGACCCUCUGUUGUCCUUUGAGAUGCCAGAGAAAACACUUCAAACUGGGGAGGGGGGAACAAAUCUACCCUUGGUGGUGGAAGGGGAUUCGAACAAGAUGUCCUGGGUCUGCAUGCAUGCUUCUAUUUGCCAUUGAAGCCACUUGCCACAUGGUCUUGUCAAAACUGCAUUUCUUGUAUAAACAGGGAUGAGGGUAGUGAAAAAAAAAAUCGGCCUUGAAAAGGUAAUGUCCAAGUUGGAUCCUCUGGCUCUGUUUUCUUACUUUGGGGGGUAAGAGAACCGGCAAUGUAAAUAUUUCAUUGAAAUGGAUGCAAUUCUGAUCAUGGCUUGUACGUACUCUCCGCAGGUUCCUAAGCUUCCUUUAAAACUAAACUCAAUUUCGGCAUCUCUUCCACUAGCGGUUUCGGGGAGUGACUUCUUAGUGGAUGUUCCUUUGAACAUAGAUCAAAAGAAUGCUUGCAUGCUUCUCAAUGAAUCUCGUUUAUUAUGUCCUGGCCUUGGUGCCUCACUCCUUGUAACAAGGAUUUAUUAGUGAAUUCUCCGAAGUACUCCAUAGUCUCGUCCGUGGCAGUUUGAAACGAAAACGGGGGCAUCUAGUGCAAAAAGCUCACAUUUGAGUACUCACGCACACCCUUCCCGGUCCCCCUUCCUCUCUACAAGGGAACAUGAACUCUGCUGGCAGUUCUAGGGGCAGGCAUUUCAGCCUCUUGGGCCCCCCACCCCCACCCCGCAUUCACACUCCUACCCCUUCUUGGCCCUCAUCUCCCUUGCUCAGCUCUUGUGCAUGCAGGGUCGGCUCUGACAGGAGAGCAAUCAGUAUUAUCAGACUUUAAAACUUUGGGGUAUCUUUGGUUCAUUUUGUGUUCUUUUGAGAGGGCUGGAGUUCUGUUUGGUUUGGUUCUCCUGGGCAUUUGCUUGAAAUAUUUUGUUAGGGCCUCAAAGACAGUGCGUGUCUUUAUUUUUUAUAUAUUCUUGAUAACUAUCAAUAUAUUUAUUAUUGACCCAGUGUUUCUGGAUGAGAUUUCAAAUAAAAUGAAAAAAAAAAACUUUAAAAGUCUGGCUUUGCCUUUGCCUUAAGUUUUAAGUGAAGAUGGCGCAACAUGAAGGUAGAAAGGUGUGUUCAUUUGGAGGGAAAAGAUUAAGUGAAGAAGUUUUAAUUUCUCUAAACCCCCACACAGCAAAAGAAAACAUAUUUGUAUAGAGGGAAUUGAUAAUCCAUUAACAACCCUUCCUUCCAUCUAUUAAGAAUAUAUAUAAACAUAUAUGACCAAAAUAUUCAGAUAUGGAUAUAUCUAUAUUUCAUAUCUUUCUAUGCUAUAUAAUCCUACAUUUCCCGAUGGGCAUUGUUUAAAGACACUUUCUUUUGUGGCUUAAUGCUGUUUGAGUUUUUCUGUCCCCACAGUAAGCAAUGUUAUCAACUCAUCAAGUAGAAAAAAAAAAGUAAACUGGAGUGCUAGUGUGACAGAAAUAGGAGGCAGAAUGGCAAAUUUGGGACCCUGUGCUGACAAUCAACAGAGAAAACAAACACGCAGCUGUAAGUAACUUUCUUCUAUGUACUUUCAAGUCCAUGCUUCAGAAUGGAGCUCCAGUUUGCAGUGUUUUUCCUCAAUUUAAAAAAUUAAUAAAUGUUUUUAGCACUCUAGCUCCCCCCUAAUCAUGCCCCCUACCAAUCCACUCCCACCCUUGUCUGCUUAUUCUCCUGAGAAAAGAGAAUAAAGCUCCCCUUUGUAAAUGAUGUUCUGGGGUUAAUUUUAAUGAUCACAGAAGCCACCUAGUUCCCCUGUCUGGUAGAUUUAUAGCAGGAAUUUCUAACUCUCCUCACCCUCCCAUUGAGGGCCCGGAGGGCUGAAUAAGAGGUAGCUCUGCCUUCUGAGCAAGAAAUAGCCAAAUAGUAUGCAUUAAACAAUUUUUUUUUUCCUACUAAAUACUUUCCUCUCCCCUUCAGGAUUCCUUUUUUUUUUUUUUAACCAGUUCUACACCCCCCCCCCAAACAUCUUAAUAAAGGCAGAGAGGGAGCUUUACUAGGGUCAUGAUUUCAUAGAUUUAAGGAAAUCUAGAGAUAAUGCUCACUGAAAAUUGCACAGUUGGCAUCUGGCCCUGGUUCCCACUUAAAUUCUUCCUUAAAUUUCAUAAAAUAUCACCCAAUAAAUGACACGUAAAUUCUCUCUCUCUCUCUCUCUCUCUCUCUCUCUCUCUCUCUCUCUCUCUCUCUCUCUCUCUCUCUCUCUCUCCUUUUUUCUCCCUGACUCUCCUUUCCUUAUGAAACCUCUUUUGUCCCCUCAUCUUCACUCUGUAGAACUUUAUUUCCAAUUUUGUCUGCCCUAUUGAGAUUUUCCCGAAAGAUGUUGGAAUUACUACCAAAAAAAAAAAGCUGACUUGCUUUUUUACUUCUUUUUUCCUUCCCUUCUCUUCAGUCUCCUUUCCUCUCCUCUCUUCUUUCCUUCCCCUCCUUUCCUCUCUUCUCCUCUACUCUCUCUUUUCCUUUCUCUUAACUUAAUAAAGAGAGGUACAAGUGUAUAGAUCUCAGAGAAAUUUUCCUUUCCUCUCAUCCUCUCCUCUCUCCUUUCCUUUCUUAUCCUUUUCUUUCUCCUAAUAAAGAGAGGUACAAGCAUACAGACCUCAAAGAAACUAAAGGACAUCUGCAUUGAUGUGGGUCUGAAGGUCUGUGGCUUCCCCACCAUCCCUAAAGGCUGCCUGUGGAGUCAAUGGAAGGAGGUGAAGGAUGUAGUUACGAUUGGAGAUGGAGGGAAGGGGUAAAAGUCUCCACUGGGUUUAGACAGACAAAUGGGGAAAUAAUAGUCUGUUUCCCUUGGGUGAUUCAUUUCACUGGGUGAGGAAGGAGCUGCUGAGGAUUUAUUUGAAACAAGCACAGAGCUUUUCCCUGUGACUUUAUUAUUUGGAAAGAGGAAGGGGGAGCAUUUCAUUAAUCAGGAAAAAAAACACCACUCCUAUUCCUCCCUAAGGCAGUUCAUUUCCAUCUUUUCUUAUUUUGAAAAGCUUCCUUGAGAUUUGCUUG